AUGGCUGCCAAACGAACGAUCCUGUGGUUCCGAAAAGGCUUGCGCGUGCACGACAACCCGGCGCUGGUGAAGGCGUGCGAGGGCGCCUCCGCGGUCCAGCCCGUGUUCGUGCUGGACCCGUGGUUCAUCAAGCCCGAGCGCGUCGGCGCCAACCGCCUUCGGUUCCUGCUCGAGUCCCUCACGGACCUCGACGCGUCGCUCAGGGCGCGAGGGUCCUCGCUGCUCGUGCUGCACGGCGAUCCGGCGCGCGUCAUCCCCGCCGCGCUCGAGGCGUGGCGAUGCGACAGGCUGUGCUACGAGUUCGACACCGAGCCGUACGCGCAGAAGCGCGACGCGUCGGUGAACGAGGCGGCGCGGGCGUUGGGCGUGGAGGUGCACGCGCCGGUAUCGCACACCCUCUGGGACUUGGACCGGCUCCUCGCCAAAUGCCCGCGCGGCGAACCCCCCACCGCGUACGCUUCCUUCCUCAAGAUCGCGCACGGCGUCGGGCCCGUGCCGCCCGUCGCGCCGGACGUGCCGUCGAUCACGCCCCUGAGUGACGGUGACGCGCUGAGUGACGGGAAGGACCUGGUCGACGCGCUGAGGGACGUCGUCACCGGCUCGGGCAUCCCGUCGCUGGAACGACUCGGGUACGAACCCAUCAAAGCCGGCGAGGGCUUCCCGGCGCGGGGCGGCGAGACGGAGGGUCUGGCGCGGCUACGCAAGAUGCUGGCGAGGACGACGUACAUCGCGGAGUUUAAGAAGCCGCAGACGAACCCGACGGAGUUGUGGACGCCGGUGCUGGGUAAGGAGGGUAAGGUUAAAGGCGCACCACCCGCGAACCCCUUCGAAGCGGCGAAAAAGUCGUCAAAAGAGCCAAAGUCGACACAGCUGGCGGAGGCGUUCAUGGCCCCAGCCACCACGGCGUUGUCCCCGUACCUCAAGUUCGGCUGCGUGUCCCCGAGGACGUUCUGGCACGAGCUGCGCGCCGUGCUGGACGUCGAGCUCGGAGGAAAGCACAGCAAGCCCCCGGAGUCGCUCGAGGGGCAGCUGCUGUGGAGGGAGUUUUACUACCUCGCGGGAUACGGCACUCCAAACUACGACCGGAUGGCGGGGAACAGGAUAUGCCGGCAGAUCCCGUGGACGUGGGACGAGGAGAGGCUCGCGGCGUGGGAGGAGUCGAGGACUGGGUUCCCGUGGAUCGACGCGUGCAUGAUGCAGCUGAAGCAAGAGGGAUGGAUGCACCACCUCGCGAGGCACGCGGUUGCGUGCUUUUUGACCAGGGGGGACUUGUUCGUGCACUGGGAAGCGGGCGCGGCGGUUUUCGACCGAGAGCUGGUGGACGCGGACUGGGCGCUGAACAACGGCAACUGGAUGUGGCUCAGCUGCAGCUGCUUCUUCUACCAGUACUUUCGGGUGUACGGGCCGGUGAGUUUCGGCAAGAAGUACGACAAGGAGGGCGCGUACAUCCGCAAGUACUUACCCCAGCUGAAAGACAUGCCGGCCAAGUACAUAUACGAGCCGUGGACUGCGCCGAUCGAGGUGCAGAGGAAGGCUGGGUGCGUGGUCGGCGUGGACUAUCCGGCACCCAUCGUGGACCACGCGGUGGCGUCGAAGGAGUGCAUCGAAAAGAUCGCGGCGGCUUACAACGCCCACAAAAACGGCACCGCGGGGAGCAUCGUCGCCGCCGGGAAAAAGCGCAAAGCCGGCGACGGAGUCUAA